AAUAGGGGCAACCACAGAGUUGUUUCACCGGUAACCAGGGUUGGCACAUCCCCUGCGCCGGUAGUUGGUCCAUUAUACAUUUCACAAAUUACGGGUUAAAUUGUAUCAGCAUGGACUCCCCGCUGAACGAUGGUUCUCGGCAGCCUCCACAACACUCUCCCCACCCGCUGGCGGACUAUCAAUUUUCCGCUGAGGAAGUGCAGGCGUUACGUGAGUGCAACACGGAGUCAUUCUUCCAGCGCAGCCUGCCAUUUGGUACCGGACUCGGUCUAUUAGCCUACUUUGGCGUUAAGAAUGGCUACUUGCAAGGACACGGCAAGUACGGCGCCGUGCCCAAGGUCGUCAUGGGUGUCAUUCUCGGCUACUUUGUGGGCAAGUUCAGCUAUCAGCAGAAAUGUGCCGAGAAGAUCAUGCGACUGCCCAACUCCCACUUGGGCGAACUGUUGCGUCAGCGGAGACAGGGCGGCGGUGUAAUUAGCUCCAUAACACCGGACGAGAAUCUGGGCAGGGCUUUUACCUUGGCUCCCUUUUCGCCCAGCUCAGCAGAUGUGUACAGUGACGAGGCGUAUCAGCCCGCAAGAAGCACUGCUCUCAACCUGGACACAGAGUCGCGUCCAACUUUGUCUGGAUUGGAUGACAUUUACCGCCCCACUUUGGACUCUGGUUCAAUGUUGGACACGGAUCUACCCUUGGAGCCGUCCAAGCCUGGUCAGUCUUACGAGGACCUGCGGCGAAGGAACCGAGAGGAGUACUCUAAGCAUCAGCAGAGUCCAUAUUCGCGUCCCUACGAACCACCAGCUCCCGUUCAGCAGAGACCCGUGGAACCAGCUCGCAGCGAGCCAGCUGGUAGAAAGAAUCAAUACGGCGACUCCUGGACAGACUGAGAUUGCACACUAGGUAUUGUUGUUUUGUUGGAUAUAAAAUACGUAUAAAAUUCUGUGGAAAA